GAAGGGGGCUGCUACUUGUCAGGAAGCGUUAGCAAGAACCCAGAACCACUACGUCUCCCCACAUCCGAAACAACAAGGUUUUCCUUGGACUUAACAUCGUUUCUUUUUUCUCUGGAUACUGAAUAUUCGUCCUGGCAAGCGUUGGAAUUAAACUGUCGUUAAGCGAAAGUCAAAGUUGCCCCAGGGAGGGAGCUUCAACUUGGCCCGAACGUCCAAUGUACUGAACGAAACGGAAGCAACUUGCCAGCUGUCUGGCUAAAGCUCGCUAGUUUCUGAAUGCCAACUCUGGGGGUGAUGGAGUUGAGCAGGCAACUCUGUGGGAAGAUGAGGAGGUCCAGCAAGAGAGCACAACUCUCCUCUUCUCCUUCUUCCACUUGGGGCCUGGAGAUCCACUUUUACACACCAGACCUGCAUCAGCUUGAGUACUUUAAAGGGUGCUACACUGUUGAGGAGCUCUGCGUGGAUGCUGCCAAAAAAAGCUUAAUCUCCCCCUUGUGCCAUAAUCUAUUUUCCCUGUACAACGAGACGACCCACACAUGGUACCCCCCCAACUAUGAGUUCAAGAUCACAGAUUUGACCAGUAUCAAGUUGCACUAUCGCAUGAGAUUUUAUUUCAGAAACUGGCAUGGCACUACUGAAGGAGAGUCUCCAGUGUGGAGACACUGCAUCAGUAAACUCAAAGGGGGACUUAGUCCACAGAAAACACCAGAGGGAACACCCCUACUGGAUGCUGCAUCUCUUGACUACCUUUUUGCACAGGGCCAGCAUGACUUUCAGAAGGGGUUGGUUUCACUGAGGACAGCCCAGACAGAGGCAGAGCAACACGAGAUAGAAAAUGAGUGUCUGGGCAUGGCUGUGCUUGCCAUCAGUCACUAUGCAAUGACCAUGCCUGUGCCAGCUGUUCCCCAUGAAGUCAGCUACAAACGUUUUAUCCCGGAGUCACUGAACCGCACCAUUAAGCAGCGCAACAUACUGACACGGAUCCGCAUCAACAAUGUCUUCAAGAAAUUCCUCAGUGAAUUCAACGGCCGCACAGUCAAGGAUAGCAACAUCACUCCGUAUGACCUGAAGAUCAAGUACUUGGCCACACUGGAAGGCCUGACCUGUGGCCUGGGCAGCGAGCUGUUUGAGCCCAUCUAUCUCGUUGUCACACAGGAAGGAGAGCUUGCCAAUGGAGGGUACUAUAACCAGAACCAGGGGCAAAUUCAGAAUAACAACAUGGAGGUAUUGGUCACUGGUACCACUGGCAUUUCCUGGAGGGAAAAAUCUGCUACAGUCACAUGGGUGGUGUUCUGUGACUUCCAUGAGAUCAUACACACCGCCAUCAAAGAGGCAGUGGUCACCAUCUAUAGACAGGACAAGAGGAUGGAGAUGCAAAUGAAUUCUCGGACCGAAGCACUUUCCUUUCUUGCCCUUGUGGACGGUUACUUCAGGCUGACAGUCGAUGCGCACCACUACCUGUGCAAGGAGGUGGCCCCGGCUUCAGUGGUGCACAACACCAGCAAUGGCUGCCAUGGUCCCAUAUGUACGGAAUAUGCCAUCCACAAGCUGCGUCAAGAGGGCAAUGAGGAGGGCACAUACAUCCUGCGCUGGAGCUGCACUGACUACCAGUACAUCAUCAUCACUGUAGUGUGCACUGAGCUUGAUCUGAAGGAAUCUCGUCCUGUGCGCCAAUAUAAGAACUUCCAGAUUGAGGUGGCAUCUGAGGGGUACCGUCUGUAUGGCACUGACACAGUACGGCCCUCUCUGAGGGAGCUGCUCGAGCAUCUAGAGGGCCAGAGUCUUCGAACUGACCACCUGCAAUUCCAGCUGCUGCGCUGCUGCCCCCCACAGCCCAGAGAGGUGUCCAACCUGCUGGUGGUCACUAAAGAGAGAGCAUUGUCCCCACAGACGUCCAUGCAGGACAGUCAUCUCAGUUUCCAUCGCAUUCUCAAAGAGGAGAUUCAACAGGAGGAGCACCUCGGUCGGGGCACAAGAACCAACAUCUACUCGGGCACACUCCGGGUGAAGAGCGAGGAGGAUGAGGACGCAGGUUACUCAUCUUUUCAGGAGGUCAAAGUUGUCCUGAAGGUGCUGGGAUCUGGACACAGGGACAUCUCCAUGGCCUUCUUUGAAACAGCCAGCAUGAUGCGACAAGUUUCCCAGAAACACAUUGUUCUGCUGUAUGGAGUGUGUGUCCGCCACCAGGAGAAUAUCAUGGUGGAGGAGUUUGUCCAACUAGGACCCUUGGAUGUGUUUAUAAGGAGAGAGCAGGCUCAACUCGGCACACCAUGGAAGUUCCAGGUUGCCAAGCAGCUGGCUUCAGCUCUCAGCUACUUGGAGGAUAAAAAGCUUGUUCAUGGCUUCGUUUGUGCUAAGAACAUCCUGCUGGCCAGAGACGGACUGGACCCUGAGGAAGGAGGACCCUUCAUCAAGCUCAGCGACCCAGGAAUACCCAUCACAGUGCUUACCAGAGAGGAGUGUGUGCAUCGUAUCCCAUGGAUCGCUCCAGAGUGCGUCAAGAGUGUGUCUGCCCUGAGUAUUGCAGCAGACAAGUGGGGCUUUGGUACCACCCUGUGGGAGAUUUGCUAUAAUGGAGAAGUCCCCCUCAAUGAGAAGAAACUCACAGAGAAGGAGAGAUUCUAUGAAAAGGAGUGCCAGCUGGCCACGCCAGACUGUACAGAGCUGGCUGAACUGAUGACCCACUGCAUGAACUAUGACCCAAAGAAGAGGCCUUUCUUCAGGGCUAUUGUCAGAGACAUUGACAUGCUGGAAGAAAAAAACCCAUCUAUCAAACCCCAACCUACAGCAGUGGUGGACCCAACUAUGUUUGAAAAGAGAUUCCUGAAGAAGAUUCGAGACCUAGGAGAGGGCCACUUCGGUAAGGUGGAGCUGUGCCGCUAUGACCCUCGGGGAGACAAAACUGGGGAACUGGUGGCAGUGAAGUCUCUGAAGCCUGAGAAUCGGGAAGAGCAGUGCAACAACCUCUCGAGUGAGAUCGACAUCCUGAAAGCACUUUACCAUGAAAACAUUGUCAAAUACAAGGGCAUUUGCCAAGAGGAAGGUGGUCAGGCAAUUAAGCUGAUCAUGGAGUAUCUUCCACUGGGCAGUUUGAAAGAGUAUCUGCCCAGAAACAAGAGCAAGACCAACCUCUGCACCCUGCUGAGCUAUUCCAUCCAGAUAUGCAAGGGAAUGGAAUAUUUGGGAACAAGGAGUUACAUCCACAGAGACCUGGCGGCCCGAAAUGUGCUGGUGGAGAACGAGAGGACGGUGAAGAUUGGAGACUUUGGCCUCACCAAGAGCAUCAAGGAAAACGAGGGAUACUACACCGUCAAGGAUGACCACGACUGCCCUGUGUUCUGGUACGCUCCGGAGUGUCUGACUCUGUGCAAGUUUUACCUUGCUUCAGACGUUUGGUCCUUUGGUGUGACGAUGUACGAGCUCAUCACGUACUGUGACUCCACCAAGAGCCCAAUGACGCUCUUCCUCAGUAUGAUUGGUCAGACUCAGGGUCAGAUGACCAUCAUCCGACUGGUGAAUUUGUUGCAAGACGGGAGGAGGCUGCCACGUCCUGAGGGUUGUCCCGAGCGCGUAUAUGAGCUGAUGCGCAGGUGCUGGGAGCAAUCGCCCGAUAGGAGAAUCGCCUUCAAGUGCCUGAUCGAGGAACUCACCAACAUGAUGCAACAGCUCCAACCCUUGAACAGCUCCUGAACAUCCGACUGUUUGAGGUCAUGGGAGUGACAGUGACUCGUGCAUGCAGACAUGGACAAUGACGAACAGAUGCUUAAAGGGAAAAAAAACAAACCCAAAACAAACACCUGCCUGUGUUCUUUUUACUGAGAGACAGUACAGAGGGGGUCGCCCUGCUGCUUAUUCACAUAUAACCCGUAUUCAUAACAUUGUUUUUAGCCCACCACACUUUUUAAAUAUUUUAUUUGACGGCAGGAUAUUCGCCGCUUAUUCAUAUUUUUUUCACAUUUGUGUUGAUUGUGGAUGAAAUGAGAUGAUCCCCGUCAAACCCUGUAGCCUUAUCCCGUGCUAAAUGUGACCUUAUAUUAUCUUUCAGCAAAAAAUAUAUCUAAACACAUUCAUAUAUAAAGUAGCCACACGUGGACCUGUCAAAAGGGGCUCUGAAGGACUUGUACGCGGACGGAGACCGAAAAGAAAGACGUGGAACAAGAGGACUGUUUUAACACUCACUUGUACACAGUUUUAACGGUCGUGCGUCAGACGUCCGAGUGACCGCUGAUAAAUCAUGGUGAGAGACGCUCGAGCUGACGACGCACAGACAAUAACGCAACUAAAGGAGAAGCUGUGGCUCUGCACUCUGUGUCAUUGAGUCUUCUGGUUUCAUGGAGUAAUCGGUGAUUGAUGGGCAGACGCUGUCGCCAGAGGACUGGUUGUAAUUGAGCCGCAGCAGUUUCCCCUUUCUGCUGCAUUGUUGUAAUUACUUUAGAUUUCAAACUGUCACGCGGUCAAUCAACGGAGAAACUUAAUUCGUUUUUUCUUGUUCUUUUUAUGUUUUUUUUCUGCUUUCGUGUCUUGUCUUUGUAACGUGUACCUUUGGGUUUUUUGGACGUCAUUUUUAACUUGCAAGUUAUUCCUCGCGUUUGUUUUAGUUUCUUACAUUUCAGAAGGACAGAGCGAGACGAGCGGAACAGAAUAUUCGUGUCACUGUUCGGAUCGUUUAAGUUUUUCUGUAAUGAUUUAUGAGCGUGACCAUCUUCAGUCUACCAAAGACGGAUAGUGUGAACUCCACACUUCAGAUGAAUGAAUGCAAGGAGUUUGGUUUUGGAUCAGAUCAAGAGGGCAGCACUUGUUUAGAGGUGUUAGGAUUAAAAGUCACAGAUAGAUACUGGCCACUAGAGGGCAACAUAACUUCACUUUUACUGUCAGCUCUCAGCCUUUACUGUGUAUAUAAGAGCUGAUUGUCAUAGUUGUGUCAGUUGAGGAACUGAUGAUGGGGAGAGAUAAAUCACUGAUAAUUCACAUGGCAUUUUUGUUUUAGAUAAAUAUUCUAUUUCUUUAAUUGACAUUCAUAGUUAUUUGUUUUUUUAUAUAAAACAUUUUACUUUUCAUUCUUCAUUAUGCCAGAAAAUCUAUCUGUGAGUGAGAAAACAAACAUUUGAGCAGAGGAUACUGUAGCUGCAUAAUUUCACUCAGUCACUUCAGUUAAUCUCCAACUAUGAUUUUUGUGUAUUGGCAAAAUGUUAGUUGGUAAGAACAAAAAAAACACAGGUAUGCUUUGAUCCACAUUUUAUUUAGGAAUGUAAAAGACAAUUCCUUCUGCUCAGAGAAAAGACAUAUAUAUAUUUUCAAAAUAUAAGACAAAAGUAUGAACUAUGGAAGGUAAAAGUAUCCAUAAAUACACAAUGAAAAAAUAAAUAAAAUCAAUGUCUCCUUUGA